CUCUCUAAACCUUUUCACAAUCAAACACCACCAAAACCGUUAGUACAAAAAGGGGGGAAAUAAAUCAAUCAAUUAAUCAAUCAACCACUCACUCGCCGGAAACCCCCAAUCUCCCACCGGAACUCCACCGGAAAACAAAACAUGACGGAAACCAACAACGACGGAUUCGUACGAGCAGAUCAAAUCGAUCUAAAAUCCUUAGACGAACAACUCGAACGACACCUCAAUCGCGCCUGGACAAUGGAAAAGAACAAGAAAAACCGGCCGGAGUUCGAAGACUCCGCCACCGCCGCCGCCGCAGCUUCCGCCGUGAAACUACCGGCGAAUGACGGUGCAGGUUCGAGUACGGAGCGGCAGGAGUGGGAGAUCGAUCCUUCUAAGCUGUUGAUUAAAGGUGUUCUUGCUCGUGGUACGUUUGGUUCCGUUCACCGCGGGGUUUACGACGGUGUUGAUGUCGCCGUGAAACUGCUCGACUGGGGCGAAGAGGGUCACCGGACCGAAGCCGAAAUACAAUCUUUAAGGGCGGCGUUUACGCAAGAAGUGGCGGUUUGGCAUAAGCUUGAUCAUCCUAAUGUCACAAAGUUCAUCGGUGCAACAAUGGGUUCGUCGGAGCUAAAUAUACAAACCGAAAACGGUCAAAUCGGUAUGCCAAGUAACAUUUGUUGUGUUGUUGUGGAAUAUCUUCCGGGGGGUGCCUUGAAGAAUUACCUUAUAAAAAACAGAAGAAAGAAGCUAGCUUUCAAAGUGGUUGUUCAAAUGGCACUUGAUCUUGCAAGAGGAUUGAGCUACCUGCACUCUCAAAAGAUUGUACACAGAGAUGUGAAAACUGAAAACAUGCUAUUGGACAAAAGUAGAACUAUUAAAAUAGCUGAUUUUGGAGUUGCUCGAGUUGAAGCCUCGAACCCUAAUGACAUGACGGGUGAAACCGGGACUCUUGGAUAUAUGGCCCCCGAGGUUCUAAAUGGUAAUCCGUACAAUAGGAAAUGUGACGUUUAUAGUUUUGGGAUAUGUUUGUGGGAAAUAUAUUGUUGUGAUAUGCCGUAUCCCGAUCUUAGUUUCUCAGAAGUCACUUCAGCCGUCGUUCGCCAGAAUCUGAGGCCCGAAAUACCAAGAUGUUGCCCGAGUUCUCUUGCCAAUGUCAUGAAACGAUGUUGGGAUGCAAACCCUGACAAACGGCCCGAGAUGGAUGAAGUUGUGAUGAUGUUGGAGGCCAUUGACACAUCAAAAGGCGGAGGGAUGAUCCCCGGCGAUCAACCUCAGGGUUGUCUGUGUUUCCGUAAGCAUCGAGGUCCAUGAAAGUUCUAGAAUUCGAUCCGUUUUUUUUUUUUUUUUUUUGGAAAUUUAAGACAGUUAACUACAAAUUAGGAGUUCUAAACUAUAUGUUAGAUGUUAGUAGAGACCUAGAUUAUAUACACUUUCUUUGGAUUAUCUGAAGUUUUUCUUUUAAAGUUUUUAAAAGUAGUUUACAUCCA